UCUCGGGCAGCGUAUUCGACCCACGAAAUCCUCCCUAUGCACACGUGUCUGUUUUGUGGUUCAUGCCAAAACGCGUAUUCCAACCUACGCCACAUGACGUUAUCGCCUACAUCACAGAGUUAUUAAUUAGACUACUGUUAUAUUUCGGAUUUAUAAGGGUUGUUGUAAUGCUACUGCCGCCAUAGAAUCAGUAAGCCGUGGUAUAAAUAUAUUAAUUUAUAUAUACAAUGUGACUGACUGACUCGACAUAAAGCCGGGUCUUUAUUCACCGGGGUGAAAAGACCUUGUGAAGUGUUUGUAAUUAGGGUACAAUACAAUACGGUUUGUUGCUCAUUGAAUAUGCCAUAAUGGCGUAGAUGUGAGGAUUUGACAUGUUAAUGAUUUCUGGAAUUCCAGUAAUAUGUCCAGUCAUGUCUGUAUGCACUAUUGGCGUUGUUUUGUGUGUUGAUGUUUGUACGUGGCUGCCGGAAAACUAAUUAAGAGGUACUGGAUAUAUUGAUGGACAGAACACUUUCUGAACAACACCGAAUACCAGUCUUAGCGUCUACGAUCAUCGUUUAUUUGGAUUUACUAUGGGAUGUGUUGUCGAACCCAACUACAUCCGAUCAGUUUCCGUGUGUUAUCGGAGAUGUCCGUCAAGUCUUUCCGGAAGAUCUGACAUGAGGGCAAAAUCAGCUGUGAGCACAGUGAGCGAUACUCACCGACGUGAAAGACUUUUACAACAGAGAGACCUGUUUGAAUGUUCUGCUUACGUGGAUUCACUUGACUAUAUUGAGGAAAAGUGUUGCAUUCUAGACGAAUUUAGUUUUCUAUAUGGGAUAAAUAUAUACAAACAGUUCAACUUUACGAGGAGGUCCACAGUUCAAAAGAGCAGGGCAAGAACGUGGAUUGGCAACGCCUGGAAGUGUGAAAACGAAGCUUUACGGCAAAUGUACAACUCGGCAUCGAGAUUUCCACGACGACGUGCACUGCUACCCACCAGAUUUCCAUCAAUACAGCUCACAGCUUUAAAGUCAUGACGCGAUACCAUCAGAUUUCCAUCAAUACAGCUCACAGCUUUAAAAUCAUGAUGCGAUACCCACCAGAUUUCCAUCAAUACAGCUCACAGCUUUAAAAUCAUGUUGCGAUACCCACCAGAUUUCCAUCAAUACAGCUCACAGCUUUAAAGUCAUGGUGUGAUACCCACCAGAUUUCCAUCAACACAGCUCACAUUUUUAAAGUCAUGGUGUGAUACCCACCAGAUUUCCAUCAACACAGCUUUAAAGUCGUGGCACGCUACCCAACCGAUUUCCACCAAUGCAGCUCACAGCUUUAAAGUCAUGACGCGAUACCCACCAGAUUUUCAUCAACAGUUUUAAAGUCAUGACACGAUACCCACUAGAUUUCGAUCAACACAGCUCACAGCUUUAAAGUCAUGACGCGAUACCCACCAGAUUUUCAUCAACAGUUUUAAAGUCGUGACACGAUACCCACUAGAUUUCGAUCAACACAGCUCACAGCUUUAAAGUCAUAACACGUUUCUCACCAGAUUUCAAUCAAUACAGCUCACAUCUCUGGUCAAAAUGCAUUACCUACCAGCCAGCAUACAUGUCGAAAGUCAUAACAUGUUAUCC